AUGUUAGCAUAUGGCAUAGCAGCUGAUGCUGUUGAUGAUUAUGUGCGCAUAGGCGAGAGCACUACAAUUGAAUGUUUGGAAAAAUUUGUUGAAGGUGUCAUUUCAGUGUUCAAGGAUGAAUACUUCCGAAAAUCAAAUCCAAAUGAUGUACAACGCCUGCUACAAAUGGCAAAGGGUCGUGGCUUUUCUGACAUGUUGGUUUCUGGUUCAAAUAACGAUAUCAACGUAUUAGAUCGAUCUCCAGCGUUCGAUGAUAUUCUAAAUGACCGUGUUUCGGAGGUAAAUUAUACUAUUAAUGGUGAUAAUUAUACUAUGGGAUACUAUUUAGCAAAUGAUAUUUAUCCUGAAUGGGCUACAUUUGUCAAAUCAUUCUCAAAGCCACAAGAGGGAGAAACACAAGUUAUUUGCACAAUACCAAGAAAGGCAAAGAAAAGAUGUGGAGCGAGCAUUCGGAGUAUUGCAAGCACGCUUUGCAACUAUAUGUGGUCCAGCUCGCUUUUGGAAAAAAAGAAGCUUGCCAACAUAAUGAGAACUUGGAUUAUAUUGCAUAAUAUGAUUUUUGAGGAUAAAAGAGACACUUAUGCAGGAAAUUUUGCUCAAGACUUAGAGUAUGACGAUGUCGAAAACGACUUAUCACAACCUCAGCUGGAAGAGGAAGAUUUUGCACCAUACCAUUAA